CCUGGUCGUCAGCUGUUAUUCGCCAACCGGCCGCGAAGAUUGCGUCCGAAAUAAGGAUGCCGAGUUUCCAAAGAUCGUACUAAGUCAACUGUUUCUGCCAACGAUGUUCGUGCGGCUCUGGGUCCGCAGCUUCCACAUAUAUGAUCUUCUCAUCGCCAUCGGACUAAUCACGCUCAUCGUGUACCUGUGUCUGCCCUUCCGGUUCGCAUCGCACUACGACUACAUCGAGGAAUCAAAGAUCGAGGGGGCUCUUGUGCCGCAGGUGACCAGGAAUGUCUCCCUGCAGGAAGUUUUCGAAUGCACCUACUCGGAGAUCAUUGCCGAAAACCGGUUCGUCUACCACCUGGCCCAUUACCAUGACGCUGUGCAGCGCGGCGCGGAGAUCCGUCCUGGCGGCGAGUUCCGGCCGGAAGGAUGUCAGGCUCGCUACAGCACCGCCAUCAUUGUGCCGUACAGGCAGCGGGAGGAGCAGCUGCACGCCUUUCUUACCUAUAUGCACAAUUACCUGCCGCAGCAGCUGAUCCACUAUCGGAUUUUCCUGGUCGAACAGUUCGAUCAUAAGCCCUUCAACAGGGCGAUGCUCUUCAACAUUGGCGCCCAGGUGGCUGCGGAGUAUGGAUUUCCCUGCCUGAUCCUUCACGACGUGGACCUCCUGCCACUGAAUUCAGGUCAAAUAUAUGCCUGCUCCGAGCGUCCUCGGCACAUGUGCUCUGCCCUAGAUCACUGGCGAUUCCGACUGCCUUACCGCGGUCUUUUCGGCGGCGUGGUGGCCAUCAACACCGCCCAGUACCAGCAGAUCAACGGCAUGUCCAAUCUGUACCACGGCUGGGGCGGAGAGGACGAUGACCUCUACGAGCGCCUGCAGGCCCUUAACAUCGACAUUUGCCGAUUCGCGAUGGAGUUUAGUGAGUACACCAUGCUGAAGCACAAACCGGAGCGGCCGAAUGCCAACCGGGUGGCGCUUCUGAGAUCGGCGACUCUGCGCCAGCACUCGGAUGGACUCAACUCACUGGUGUACACGGAAGUGGAGCGGCGAAUGCACAGUCUGUUCACGCACAUUCUGGUGGACACCUGAGUGCCAGUAUUUGUUAUUAUAUUUAGCUUGUAGGCCAAUCGUUUUCGUAGUCGGUAUCUCGAAGUGUUUUACACAGGCUGCACUUCGCUUCGCAACCGAUUAGUUGCCGCCUUAUACAAUGCGUUCCGAAUCGAUCGUGAUAUCUCACUCACUAGGCUAAGAAGCUGGACGGGAAUGGAGGAGUCAAAGCUGUAAUUGAAGUACAAUGCAGAAGCCUCAGUUUAAGCGGAUAUCGCCAUGUUAAGCACGCUCUGCCUCUGCCAAUAAAAAUGUAUUGAACGUAA